GGCCACCAAAGGCGCUUAUUUCAAUAUCCUCGUCGAUGAUACGGCAGAUUGUCCGCCUUGCGUUCCAGGAGUCGAAGGAAGUCGGCGGAUUGUCCGAAUCCCUCUGGUUUGUUGAUUUUAAGUUACCAUAAAAAGUAUCAUGGCGUCUAGGAGCCAUGUGGACAACACGGUGAAUGAACGCCGUUUGCGACCGAUUUACGACUGGUUGGACAAUGGGAACAAUAAGAAAGCCCUCCAGGAGGCAGACAAGGUGCUUAGGAAGCAACCGGGUAAUCAAUGUGCUAGGGUACUCAAGGCCUUGGCCUUGCUGCGGCUGGGUAAACAGGAUGAAUGUCAUGUUAUCAUGGACAAAGUACAGUCUGAGGUACCCUGUGAGGAUUCCACUCUGCAGGCAAUGAGUAUAUGCUACAGGGAGACACUUCAGCCGGACAAGAUUAGUGAAGUUUAUGAAGCUGCUGCAAAGGCUGAUCCACAUAAUGAGGAACUCCUGACGCAUCUUUUUAUGUCGUAUGUUCGUCUUGGCGAUUAUAAGAAACAGCAACAAACUGCCCUGGCCUUGUAUAAAGUAAAACCUAAGAAUCCAUAUUACUUUUGGGCUGUUAUGAGUAUAGUAAUGCAAGCUACUCAUUCGGAUGAAAAGCUAGCAAAGGGAGUCAUGUUGCCUUUGGCAGAGAGAAUGGUCCUAAAGUUAGUACAGGAAGGCAAAAUGGAAGCAGAACAAGAAGUACAGCUUUACUUGAUGAUUUUAGAAUUACAAGACAAAAACGAAGAGAUAUUAAACGUAUUGUCUAGUCCCUUAGCUUCACAUCUUUCAUACGUACCACAACGAAAGGCUACACUUUUACUGAAGUUAGAACGUUUCCCUGAAGCUGCUGAAGCAUAUCAAGAACUUAUUAGAAAAAAUACUGACAAUUGGACGUUUUAUCAAAAUUACCUUUCGAUGGCCUUAAAGUUUCAACAACCGACGGAAUGCUUGGAUUUUUUUAACGAUAUUAUUAAUAUGUCCGAGAACAAAAUUCGCGCGCCAUACCUGGCGCGCUUGGAAUUACUGAAACGUACUUGUACUAAUGGAGAUGCACAGUACAACUUGCAAUCUGUGGAUCUUAUGCACCAAUAUUUUUCACAAUUUGGAGGAAAAGGCUGUGUAGUUAGUGAUUUGCGACUAUAUCUAAAUAUACUCACACCCGAGGGCAAGGUAGAAUUACUCGAAAGGAUCGAAAAGGACAUUGGCGUCGCGCCAGACGAAUUUCCAUCUACCGUGCAACAGAUGCAGAAACACAUUCAUUUGGAGCAGUUGCGUCGUAUUUGCGGCUUCCACCAUUCUCCUUUAACGGACAAGAAUAAACAGGAGGAACUGAUAAAACGCCUGUGCGACUUGUAUGAGAAGGGCAACGAGCUGUGUCCGGUGCAGGAAAGAUUGCCAACCGACUUUUGCCCUGCGGAUUCGUAUAUUUUACUAGCUUCCCAUUUGUUGCAUCAGUUAUGGGUUGAUACUAGUGACGCGUCUUUCCUUUAUAGGGCGAUAUCGUUGUUGGAACGUAGCCUCCUGUCGAGUCCUGCAAAUUUUCAUGUAAAAAUUCUGCUCGUGCGGAUGUACCUGGAGGUUGGUCUAGUAGUCGCAGCCGAUCGUGCGUUCGCGUUACUCGACGUCAAGCAUCUGCAGCUAGACUCACUGGGUCAUCUCCACGUACCUCUUCUAGCAUCUCUCGGCGACUUACCGUUGGCCUCAACGACUCUCGAUCACACAGCGAAAUUUUUCAUCGCCAACUAUAAGGAUAGUGCCGAUCACUUAACAUUUGCAUACAAAUACGGGAGUUUUGUAAAGAUACAGGAAUUCGUGGAGUUGAGAGAACGCCUAGAAAAUUCGUUUCACUUCGCUACGACAACUGUAGAUAAAAUGCUGCUCGAUUUGUGUUGGUGCGACAGUACUUCCUCUUUCUUUUCUAGUUUGAAUAGUAUGCAUAUACAACCUAAUAAAGAUUCGGUUAGAUGGGAUUCUCUACGAGACAAUCGUAAUUUGGAGGUUGUUUAUGGGUGGGAGCCGCUUAACCAGAGCGAAGGGGAUCCAAGAAUGCGGGAGGAGACACGUUUAUCCAUGCUAAGGCUGCUCGGGGCGAGAAGUCUCAUGUUGCGCAUCUUGGUAGCGAGUGCCGAGUCGGACUCUUCUAUCCUGUUCUCUCAAUUAUCCGCCGAGCUUAAGCAAUUAGACGACGAACAUAUCCCACAUAUUCUGCAAAAGUUCGAUGCGGACGGGAAACAGAACAGGCCAUGCAAUAUCUUGGUGCCACUGGAUGCCGUGGAGAGAUUACGAGAGGCUCAUUGUUCCGAACAGUUAAAGACCAUAGCGCGCCUUGCAAAGUCACUGUCUCAUUCGCCUUGUCCGGACUCGGAUUGUAUACAGAUGCUGCGGGCGUCACCUUGCCUGCAGACGUUACUCAUCCCGGUGCGCGACACGCCAGUGUCCUUUAAGAAUUUCUUACUCAGAGCAACAACUUGCAGCGAGUCUUUGGCGGUCAUUACCGCUAUAUGUAGCAGCACGUAUGCGAUACAGUCGAAGCCACACGCUGCGCAAAAGAAAAAUAGAAAGAAAUGCAACAAAAAAAUUGAGUCUGACAUGAUAAAUGAGACUAAUGAAUCUAAGACUUGGAGAGAAAUAGCAAUGUUAUUAUCGGAAAGAAUCCGAGAUUUAGAUGCGGUUUUAACGGAAUUCGAAAAGUAUGAAUUGUAUACAGGAUUGGACGAGAAAGACGAUGUGAGUGUCAGCAUCGCGAAACGCGGUCAAACGAGUCUUGGACAAAGUUGCAGAGCCCUCAAAUCUCGUGCCCAGCUCACGUUAAGGUUUCUAAGUAACUUGAAGAGCUAAAACCACUCGACAAUAUUUGUACAAAGAGGAUCUAUCCGUCUACUUAAUAAUUUUCAAGAACGAUUCAAGGAUGAUUCUGUACAUAAUACUUAGUCUUAAUCAAUUAUAAAUAUUGUAUGAAUGGUUUAAUGCCGAUUGAGAUACCUCUAAGACUAUCUUCAUUUGUGAAAAGUAUUGCGCGAUCAUUAUUACACUGUACACUAUCAUCUGAUCACAUGUUUGCAAUUAACACAUUGAGUGCCACACUGUAUUCAAGUACGAACUUCGUUGGAAGGCUUAUGCUGUAAUUCUUAAUGGUCCCUGUCAACAAGAACCGCUAAAAGUUACAGGACAGGUCUCUACAGGUUCAAAUUCUCCGGCCGCUACGCGUGGUCUUAUACAAAGUUAGAUUACUUAAUACAUAGCCAAAUCGCACAAGUUGGCAAAACACAUCCGAUUAGACAAGACACAUGUAAUAAAAUCAUUCUUAAUUGUGUAAGCAGUCCCCUCUCCCUCCUGGCAACUCCAAACGAUUGAUAAGAGCCUCUGCAGAAACUCAUACACCAUCUAAACAUAGGGGAGAUACUCAACGUGUUAAUAACACAAAUAUAUAUGUCAUCUUCUUUAAGUAAAUGUAUGAAGGCUGUAAAAGUUCAAACGACCAUAGAAUUUACUCUCAAAGCUUCAUACGCCUAAAGGUGUCUAAAAUACGCGACUAUUUGAUCGAUUUAAAGAUGGCUUGAUCUGCUGUUGGUUAUUUGCGUUUUUCUUCAAUUAUUAUUCAAGUAACUACACAAAAAAGAGAGACACCUUAGGAGGAGUCUGUUUCGUGCGUCAGGCUUUACUCAUAUAAUGAACAAAUUAUUUUCCCUUUAGACACUUUUGCAUAGAAUCUGUAACAAGGUUUUUUUUAAGGGAGGAAUUAUAUACGGAAGACCGUUUUCAAGGCUAUUUUUUACGAACUUUUUAACAGAUAUACUGUGAAAAUUUCAAGUCCAUUGAUCCUACCGUUUCUGUUAAAAAAGUUCGUAAAAAUAACGGCUUGAAAACGGCCUGCUCCACAUGUAAUUCCUUCUUUAAAAACAACGUAUAUUUUAUCAUAUUUUGCAAUGUUAUAUAUAAUAUUGUAUAUAUAUUAUGUAUAUGUAUAUAUAUAUUAUGUAUAUAAUAUAUAUUAUAUAUAUAUAUAUAUAUAUAUAUAAUAUUACGAUACAUGUACACACAUACAAUAUAUUCAUUUGCAGUGACCGUUAAAAUAAAAAUAUAGACGUAUAUAGAUGAAAUAUCGGGAUAAUCAUAAAUCAUACAAGAAACAAUAAAUUGCAAAUUUUUACAUACUCCUAUGCGCCCUUUUGUAUCAUUAGAAACUUUUUUUUUAGCAUAUUUUGAUUGUAUUAGAGGUACCAAAAUAUAAUGUUUUUUUUGCGAAGAA